ACACGCACUACUCAACAUACCUGUUAUAAUACAUAUACAUACAUACACAUAUUUUUUUUCUUCAUGCUGUUAAAAGCAUCUCUUCUUUCCUUAACAUAGCAAUAGUUGUUCGUUUUUAAUAGUAAAAUGCAGGUUUGUGGUUGCUUAUGCUCUGGAUUUAUUUCUCAUUAUUGAAACCUGCUGGAUUCAUGUGCAAUUAUUUUAUUCCUUAGAUACCAAAAAGAUGAAAAACUGCUUUUAUUCAGAUGUCAAAAAAACAAAACAUCUGACAACUGUGAAUGAUCUGGGGAUCUUUGACCGCAUUAAAAAUGGAUUCAUGGUGUCAUUUGCAAAAUAUACCAUUAUGGAUGCAGUUUGUACUGUGUACUGUUUGGGCUUUGGAAAGCUGACUGUCAGAAAGAAAUGAUAAAAAUCCUUCAUAAUUUAGGGAACCACUAAGAUAUCUGUGUGUGUAUGUAAGGCAUUCUCUCAUUAAAUAAUCCCAUUUAGCAUUUAUUAAGUCACACUGCCGCUGUGUUUUCCCUUGUGAUUUUCUUUCUUUUUAUAAAUUGUGCCAUUUGUAUGUAUUUAUAGGUGCAGUAGUUAAUAUAGAAAAUGCUGUUAAUGGUGUUUAGGCAGUCAGCUUAUGUGACCAGGAUGCAUAAACGUAAGGAAGCUACGUUGAUUUAUAUAGUAUAUAAUGUAAAUUUGUUAGCAAGGUAAACCAAUCUUUUUUUUUCUUAAUUUUAUAGUUGUUAAUAUUGGCUUAGAUAAAAAUGACCUUGGAAAUUAAAAAUUGCUCAGCUGCUAAGCACUGGACUGUUAAGACAUUUUUUUUUAACUUAUCUGAGUAAAUUCUUUCUAUAGGGUGAUAAAAAAUGCAAAGAAAAUUUUAAGUUAACCAAAUUCAGAGAUAUGUGUAAUGCCGCUGUAGACUGGGGCUUUCUGCUGAUCUCCCACGCUGCCUGUUCCUUAGAUGACACUCCGUAGAGUGGCAGUGUCGGAAAAAUAAGCAGAUGGGCAGAUUUGCAGAUAGAAGCUUCCGUGGGUUUCCUGUCAAGUCUAUUACAAAACAUUCAGUUUUUUGUUCCAAAAAUUUCAGCACAGAAUACAUUUGCAGGCCAUAUGAGGGUGUCCCCUGGGUCAGGUCUGUCCUGCAUUGGAACCUCUCAGCAUAGACUGUCUAAUUAAUUUUUGGGACACUAUGAAGAAAAAAAAAUACAAAAUUCUUCUCAGCAAAGGCUUGGAAUCACAGUUUUACUGAGAUAUCCACACUUCCCCUUGAAUUAUGUGCUGAAAUACGUCCAGCGAUUUCAUUUGUUUUCCUCAUUGCUUCGUGGCCACGUGGAUGGCGAGAUGUACGCCCCCUGGGGGUCACUCUGAUUGGGACGUUCGCGCUUCCUGUCAGGCAUGAGAGGGGAGCCUGCAGCCUGUGAUUUGCUGGCGUAGCAGAGCAGCCUGAACAGUGAAGGAUACAGUCUCCAGCCAGGAAGUGGAUUGAAGUGACAUCGGCCCUCAGAGAGCUUUGUCACUGCUGGACUCUCCCCUUGUUUUUAUUUCCGAGAAUUAAGUGUCUAAAAAAUAGGUCGCUGGCUCAGCUGGUGUCAGACAUUUAGCACAAAGUCCUGGUGAUGUGAUUAACGCGAGAUGCAGGCGCCUGCCUUUCUACGGUGAGCAAACUGAGGAGGACCGAGAAGGCAGGAUUCAAAGUGACCAAGAGAAAGAGCCGUGCUUAGGACGUCUGCUGAUGAUCUGACUUUGCUCUAUAGGAACAGCUCCCCCUCAGUGUCGUACGGCCCUGCAGCUACAUCCCUUUAGGACAUCUCCAGGUGCUGCGGAGACCAAGUCUUUGUUCCCCCGAAGCAGGUGGUCCUUAAGCCCAUCAGAACAGGCCAAGCUCUCCCCGACAUGUCUGCUGCUACAGACAUGUCUGCAUUACGUUUCGGCCAACACCUUAUCAAGGCAUCGGCAGUGUUUCUAAGGACGGAAUUAUCUUUUGCGCUGGUAAACCGAAAACCAGUGCUUCCAGGUCAUGUCUUGGUAUGCCCAGUGCGUGUUGUCGAGCGGUUCCGUGACCUACGUCCAGAAGAGGUUGCUGACCUGUUCAAGACCGUUCAGAGAGUGGCAAACGUUGUAGAGCAGCACUUCCAGGCCACGUCCCUGACAAUCGCCAUACAGGAUGGUCCUGAAGCCGGACAAACAGUAAAGCACGUCCAUGUGCAUGUGCUGCCAAGACGGACCGGGGAUUUCCAAAGAAACGACAGCAUUUACGAUGAGCUCCAGAAGCAUGACCGUGAAGACCAAGAGACUCCUGACAAGUGGAGAACAGAGGAGGAGAUGGAGACAGAGGCCUCCUAUCUAAGGAAACAUCUUGACUGGGCCCAACCCUGACAGCAUCCUUGGAUUCUUCUUCAGGCCUAAACUUUGCAGCUAUUGGCUGCAAUGACAUCCAACUGGAAUAAUAAUAAAUACGUAUUAAAGUUCUGCUGUUUAAAUA